AUGAACUCCGACAAAAGCGUGCAAGAGCCUGAGGAUUCCUCAAGGAGGACCUCUUCCGACCGACGAAACGAUGACGUUGAGGAAUACGCAGAUAUUAUUUCCGAGAACCGUAGAAAUCCGAACACGGAGGACCCUGAGCGCGCAGACCUAUCCAAAGUCCCCUCGGGAGCCGUAAGUUUCACGGAUGUGCCCAUCUCCUCUCGCACAGAGGUGCCUUAUGAAGCGUACAACCGCUUCUCCGCACGGCGCAAGCGUAUUACCGUCGCCGUCAUUUCGUGGUGUGGUCUUCUCUCCCCGAUCUCCAGUACCGCCGUCUUAUCGGCUCUUCCCGAAGUCGCCGCAGAGUACAGAACCUCGGGAAGCAUCAUCAGUCUUAGCAAUGCGUUGUAUCUCGUUUUCAUGGCGAUCAGCCCAUGCUUUUGGGGUCCUCUUAGUCAGGUUUAUGGGCGCAAAUGGACCUGUACGGUUACGUCUACGCUUUUCUUAGCCUGCUCUAUCGGCACAGCUCUGAGCCCAAAUGUGGCUGCGUUUUUCGUGUUCCGUAUGCUCACCUCCUUUGCGGGAACUUCAUUCCUGGUCACUGGGCCCGCUGUUAUCGGUGAUAUGUACCAUCCCACAACGCGCGCCACCGCUAUGGGGUGGUUCCUGUCCGGGACUCUGAUCGGCCCCACCAUCGGACCCGUCCUCGGAGGUAUCAUCGUGACUUACACGUCAUGGCGCGCCAUCUUCUGGCUUCAAACGGCGCUGGCAGGCGUCGGUAUGGUUGGCGCUGCCUUUUUCAUGCCAGAGACUCUAGCAAAGCUGAAGAAAGAGGGCCUGGAGGGGCUCCCUACGGCCAAGAAAAUCGGUGUCCUCUGGGAGAUGACAAACCCUAUCCGUGUUAUCCGACUUUUCAAGUUUCCAAACCUCAUUCUCGUGGCCAUUUCCAGCGGUUCCCUUGUAUGGAAUAUGUACGGCAUGCUGACGCCAAUUCGAUACGUCCUCAACCCGCGAUUCGCCCUUACCUCGCCGGCGCAGUCAGGCCUAUUUUACCUGGCUCCAGGUUGUGGCUAUUUGGCCGGUACCCUUGUUGGUGGACGCUAUGCUGACUACACCGUACGACGAUGGAUUGCACAGAGACAAGGCCGUCGAAUUUCAGAGGAUCGACUGCGGUCGUGCAUUCCCUUCAUCGGUGCUGUGUUGCCAGGCUGCAUGCUGAUUUACGGAUGGUCGGUCCAAGAGCGAGUGGGUGGCAUUGCGGUUCCCGUCAUCUUUAUGUUCCUCGGCGGUGUGGCACAGCUCUUCUGUUUCCCAAGUCUAAACACGUACUGCUUGGACGUGAUCCAAGGCAGGAGUGCGGAAGUGAUCGCGGGUAACUUCAUGGUCAGAUAUCUGUUUGGCGCCGCAGGAUCAGCAGUAGUGCUUCCAGCGAUCAAGACCAUUGGCGUAGGAUGGUUCAGCACUAUCUCGUCAGGAUUUAUGAUCUUCGGGGCCGCGUGUGUCUGGGCCGUUGCGCUUUGGGGUACGAACUGGCGAAAGAGGAUCGAUGAGAAGAAGGCUCCUCCGCCUGGAGCUUAG